UCAACGACUAGAUGGCAAACCAAGGGUCUCCUGAGGAGAUUUCAGACCGAGUUAGCGCGAGAUGGGACAGCGACACUGCAGGCUCUCCUCAAACGAUUUGAAGGAUUUACUGUCGAGCACCUACUUUACACGAAAGGAACUGAAACAAUGGUACAAAGACUUCAUGCAGGACUGCCCCAGCGGGUCUCUGAGAAGGGAGGAAUUCCAGAAAAUCUAUAAGCAAUUUUUCCCGCAUGGAGAUCCAAGCAAAUUUGCUGCCUUUGUCUUCAAUGUCUUUGAUGCCAACAGUGAUGGUUAUAUUUCUUUCAAAGAGUUUAUUCGUGCCUUGUCCAUAACCUCUCGUGGGUCCCUGGAUGAAAAACUAGAGUGGGCUUUUGCACUGUAUGACUUGGACAAGGACGGUUAUAUUACUAAGGAGGAAAUGGUGGCCAUCGUGGAUGCGAUAUACUGCAUGGUGGGAAAUCUGCUCGACCUUCCUAAAGACGAAGAUACACCUGAGAAACGUGUCGACAAGAUUUUCUCCCAGAUGGAUAUUAAUCAUGAUGGGAAGUUGACGAAGGAUGAAUUCCGGGAAGGAUCAAAAGGCGAUCCCUGGAUCGUUCAGGCGCUUAGCAUGGACAAUCCCUCAAAAUGACCUGUCGUCGUGCUGUGAAAAAAAGAAAGAAAAAAAAGAAAACGUAAGGUCAACGCUCUCAACCUCUUACAACCAUAUGGCCUGUAUACACAGCUCAAACCAGAGGAAUUACGUCAGAAUUUGAAAUUUCAUUUGAUUUAUUACAUAUGUUUAUAUUUUACCUUAUAUUUGAUGUUUAAAUUUUGAAUACUUGGCAUGUUUUGUUUUUUUCUGAAGGCAAAUGUGUCUAAUUUGAACUUCUUUGACUGUAGACUGCGUACGAUUGUGUUGUUUUGUAUUUGGGUUUAAUCUCACUUCAUUCCUGGCUAACCGUUACCACUUGCACACCAUUGUACCAAUCACAG